GUUUGUUUUGCUUGGUUAUCUUUUGUUUGUUUUGCUUGUUUGACAUGUGACGCGAUGGUCCCUCACCCUUAGUUUCAGAAUGGCUGGCGUACUGACGGUAGUAGCAGAAGAGAUGGGGAGAGCCUUUGAAAUGGUGUGGAGUGGGGUAGCAGUGGCCAUUCGCCUGAACAACAAGCUAAUGACCACAGUGUUCAGGGCUGCAACUCGAAUUGUACAACUACUCUUGCUACUUGUGAACAAAGCUGCAGAUCUGCUGUCUCUCCUGAUGACAGACUUACUCUUCUUCCUGAGUGACAUAGGGAAUGCAGUCCUCACUAUGGGUGUAGCAGUACACACAGGGGCCUUGACAGUGGUUAACUUUGUCUAUGGUACCUUUAUGUGCAUUGUAUCUGCAGUGAUGUACUCCUGUCAUCUUGUCCACACACUUUACUGUUCUAUUCUGUCAUGGAUAGUGCUUGCCUUUGGACAACUGGGCAAUGCUCUUAACAUUGUUAAGCACUUUUUUGUCCUGUUUGGCUCAUCAGUCAUAUUCCUCAUCAGCCUCAUACCAAAUUUGAUAUAUUUAACAUUCACAGGGCUGAUUCACCUGUGUUCUUGUGCUUAUCUUGCAUGUAGCCAGAAAGUGUAUAAUGCUUGGCUAACAGCAUGCUAUAUAGGGGAUACAUGCAUCUCUAGCAUAGUGAAUUUUCUAUGUGACAUUCCUGUAGAAGCAGUUAUUGGUGCAGCAGUAGGGUCUGCAGUCUUAGUUGGACUCAAAUAUGUCCUAGUUUAUAUGAUGGAUAAUUUGAUUCUGAUCCCUGACAUGCCUCUGCCUUCCCUUCUAAUCAUAAUGAGGCAGCGAUUCCUCAGAUGGUACACAGCAAUAGUACAAAGAGCUCACCUAGUACCACCAAUGGAGGAUGACACAGAGGAGGAAGAACUAGAUGACACCAGUGAUGAAAAUGGCAAUGAUAAUAAUGAUAAUGUACCUGACCUGAAUCUACCUCAGAAUCAGAUGUUCAUAAAUCAGAUGCAGAUUCCUUAUCCACAAGUGAAUGUAGCAGGAGGUUUGCAAAAUGCCCAGGCAAAUAGAGCAGGUGGAUCACACAAUCCACCUCCACCAGUGGCAGCACCAAUCAUUCCUGAUGGACUGGCUAGGAGGCCACUCACAAGGCAGCGAUAUCGUCUUCAGCAGGAAGAGGAGGGGGAGGAAGAGCAGGAAGUGGCUCCCAUACCAGAAGCUGCACAUGCUGAAGUCAAGAGGGGAGGAAGAGAGGCAGUAGCAAAUGAAAAUGGCCAGGCGUACCAGCUCUAUAGGGAACUAGAGCAGGAACGUGAAGGUCGUUUGUGCAUAGUGUGCCAAGAUCAACCAAAAUGUGUGAUUCUGCUUCCUUGCCGUCACCUGUGUCUGUGCGAUGCUUGCCGUUCAGCUAUUAUCACAAGAGACAAUAUCUGCCCUGUAUGUCGUAGACCAAUUAUGCAAACACUUAGGGUUUAUGUCUGACAGUAAAAAUGUAUUUUUAUUUUAUUAUAUAAAUUAGAUAGAAAAGGAAAAUUUUCAAGAUCAAUGAAAGAAGUCGCAGUGUAGUGAAGAUAUUUUUAUUACAAACUUGAGUAUACAUGGCACUGAUUUCUUGAAAGCACUAAUCAGUUGUGCUUCAAAUAGCAAGUACAAGUAAAAUGUACAUUGCUAAAUGUGUUGAACCGAGGUUUUCUAGCCAUUGAUUGUCAAGGGGCUGUACAGGCAUAGUCAAAACUCUUAAUAAUGUGGUCCUAGAUUAGAGGGAGUUUUGAAGCUUCUUUCACAGUGUGACUUAUCUGUGACUGUCCAUAUGUUUAGGGUGCAGCAGUGUUGUUUUUUCUCCUUUUUGGAAGAACAUUUGUUUGUUUGUGAAAGAUGUAUUUUUGUGUAUGAUUUUGUACCUGGUAAUAUGAAAUUAUUUUACUUCUUUUCUUUGGAAAAAUAGAUGUACUUCAUGUAUGUGUUUUAAAUUGUUAUAUUUCACUGCAAAAAUGAUCUUUCUUUUAGUUAAUUAUAUCCAUGGUUCAGUAUUUGAAGUUCUAAAAAAGUGUAUCAGAAUAAUUUUUAAAAGUAUCAGUUACAGAUUAUAGGUACAAGAUAAAUAACUUAUUUUGUUAAUUUUUUGAUGCAGGCUAUAGGAAGUCAAAACCCAGAAAAAUUAUUAUUUAUAGAAUGCAUACUAAGUUUGGCAAGUAUGCACUUUUUUUUUCCAUAUCUGAAUAACAUAACUGAUGACAUCAUAAAUUUGUGCCGCUGGUCUUGUCAAUAACAUCAUUAGUUCUUAACUGCUCUGAAAGUUACAAGAUAAAAUCAUUACGUGAAUUUGUUUUUGCUUGCCAAAGCUGUCUUUCAAAAUUAUGAUAGCAUUUAGAGUAUUCCUUUAUUCUAUUCUAAGUGUUUGUUGCACUGUAUUUUCUAACUAUUUUGUUUUUUCCCUUGCUUUAGAAGAAGAAUUAAGAUUUGUACAUUAUGGUUUUCAUUUUUUUUUUU